AACACACACUCUCACACACGUCUUUGUUUUUCUUUCUUAAAAAAGAAACUGCAUCAGAGUUACUGAAGGGCAAAACAGACUGUUGCCUCCACACGUUGAGCUUCAGCCUCACCACUCCGUUGACCACCGUCAUCGAUGCCGCUUCGACCACCGAAUUUCAUAAACAAAGAGAUUGUUGUAAAAUCACAUGAAUGAACAAUGGUGUGGCGACGACGGUGGUGAACGGGUGGAGAUGUUGCUGUUUUUGCUCUUCUAAUUGUUGCAGUUUUUUCUUUAAUUAAAGAGGAAGAAAUAACAAGUAACACGUGGCAUGAUAUCAGACCUUGGAUUAAUCUAACGGCCCUUGUCAUUUGAAAGCAGGUGAAGGAGGUGUGAAGAUGAAGGAAAUAAUUGAGAAAUUUGACAUGGAAAACUUGAUAGAAGAAUUUGAGAGGCUAACAAAGGAUGCUGAGAAUGUUCAGAAGGAAACACUGAAGAGGAUUUUGGAAGAAAAUGCAUCAGCUGAAUACUUGCAGAGUUUAGGACUGAAUGGAAGAACUGAUCCUGAAAGCUUCAAGGCAUGUGUUCCAUUGGUCACUUACAAAGAUUUGGAACCUUAUAUUAAUAGAAUUGUUGAUGGUGAUGUUUCUCCUAUUCUCACCGGAAAACCAAUCACUGCUAUCUCCUUAAGUUCUGGUACUAGUCAAGGGAAGCAAAAAUAUAUACCAUGGAAUGAUGAAUUGUUUGAAACCACAGUGAAGAUUUAUCAAACCUCUUUUGCCUUUAGGAACAGAGAGUUUCCUAUCCAAAAUGGCAAGGCCUUAAGCUUCAUCUACAGCAGCAAACUAUCACAAGCUAAAGGGGGUGUGACAGUAGCAACAGCCACAGCCAAUGUAUUCAGAAAUCCAGGAUACAAGCAUGCAAUGAAAGCACUUCAAUCUCCUGGAUGCAGCCCUCAUGAUGUGAUAUUCAGUCCUAAUUUUCACCAAUCACUCUACUGCCACCUCUUAUGUGGACUGCUUUGCAGAGAAGAAAUUCAAUUAAUUUCAUCAACAUUUGCACAUAGCAUUGUCUAUGCUUUCAGAACCUUUGAACAAGUUUGGGAAGAACUUAUUACUGACAUCAAAGAAGGUGUUCUUAGCAGUAGAAUCACACAUCCAUCCAUUAGAACUGCAAUGUCAAAACUGCUGAAACCAAAUCCUGAACUAGCUAACUUGAUCCACAAGAAAUGCAUAGGAUUGAGCAAUUGGUAUGGACUGAUACCAGAGCUUUUUCCUAAUGUUAAGUAUGUUCAAGGGAUCAUGACUGGUGCAAUGGAACCUUAUGUGAAAAAGUUGAGACACUAUGCAGGAGAGGUUCCUUUGUUGACUUCUGAGUAUGGCUCUUCUGAAGGUUGGAUUGCUUCAAAUGUGAAUCCUAAAGUGGCUCCUGAGUUUGCUACUUAUGUUGUUCUUCCUCAAAUUGCUUACUUUGAAUUCAUUCCUUUGUCACAACUUGAUGGAACUAAGGUAGAGCUUGAGCCAGUUGGAUUAACUGAUGUGAAGAUUGGUGAAGAUUAUGAGGUUGUUUUCACCAAUCCUGCAGGCUUAUACAGAUAUAGGUUAGGGGAUGUGGUAAAGGUUAUGGGAUUCCAUAACUCAACUCCAAAAAUCAAGUUUCUUCGUAGGAGCAACCUUAUGCUUACUAUCAACAUUGAUAAGAACACUGAGAAUGAUUUACAAUUAUCAGUGGAAACAGCUUCCAUGUUGUUAGCUGAAGAGAAAAUGGAAGUGAUUGACUAUACUAGCUACAUUGAUUUAUCCAAAGAACCAGGACAUUAUGUUAUUUUUUGGGAAAUCAGUGGUGAAGCAAGUGAUGAAGUGCUUGGUGAAUGUUGUACAUGUUUGGAUAAGUCUUUUGUUGAUGCUGGCUAUGUUAGUUCUAGAAAAGUCAAAGGUAUUGCGGCCCUUGAACUCCGACUUGUUCGGAAAGGAACAUUCCAGAAGAUUCUUGAACAUUAUGUUGGAUUAGGUGUUGCUGUGAGUCAGUUCAAGACACCUAGGUGUGUUGCUCCUACAAACACCAAAGUGUUGCAAAUAUUGUUGGAGAAUGUUGUUGAGAAUUAUUUUAGUUCUGCUUACAAUUGAUUAAAUUCAAUAAGAGAAUAAUAAUAAUAAUAAAGUUAUCAAUCUAAUAAGUAGUUUAAAGAAUAUGCACUUAUAUGUAUAAAUAUUUUACUUAGUCAUCUAAUCAGAUUUUGUCACAUAUAUGUUUGUGAGAAAUUCUAUAAAA